AUGCCAGAACACACCAAGAAUAAAGCUGGAGAAGAAGAGUUGGAACGAGGGCCACCAAGCUCGCCACCAAGUCCGCCACCAGGCCCGCCGCCUCCCGUCGCGACCUUCAAUGCCCGUCGUCAAUUGCAACGCUUGAGAGCCUUUCUGGCCGAAUUCGGCCAGCCGCCACUGUCGCCAAUUGAGGGUCUCGGUUCUCUCAAGAGAAAGAGAGAGCUCACGGACCGCGAGGAGGAAGAGCCCAAAAAGAAGCGCAUCAAGCUCUACCGGUAG